AUGUAUUAUGAAGAUCACAUAGAACCCGAUCCAAAUGAAAAAUGGAGAGAAAUAAAGCUUGAUUCACGAAAAUUCAGAGUUUCAUCUCUCGGAAGAAUUCAGUUAACAAAUGGCGAAAUCACCCAAGGUUCAUUGCAUAUAGGUUAUCGAAAAAUCGCUCGAGAAGGAUAUCUUGUUCAUCGCUUGGUGGCAUUAGCAUUUUGUCCCAAAGAAGAAAGAAAAGAAUAUGUAAAUCAUAUUGACGGGAAUCCUACCAACAAUAACGCAUCCAAUCUCGAAUGGUGUACACAGAAAGAAAACACUCAACAUGCUGUACGUCUUGGGCUUCGUAACUUCAAGGAUAGUAACAAAUACCAACGUCCUAUCAGGCAGAUUUUUGACGAUGGCUCUACUCGAGAAUUUCCAUCCAUAGCUGAAGCGCAACGUACAACUGGAAUUAACCGGUCAAAUAUUGGUGAAGUAUGUCGAGGACUCCGAGCUCAUGCUGGAAGGUAUCGGUGGGAGUACGUGAAUGCAAUGUUAUAUGAUAAUCAUUGA